UUGUGGGUUCCUCAAAUAAUUGCACUUUUAGCACUGCCUUUUUGAGUUCCUCUAGCUUUUUCAACAAUUAUACAUAAAGAUCUAACUCAACAUAUCUCUUCUUAGUUUUCCUCUUCCACCUACUCUUCAAAAGUACAAAAAAAAAUAAAAUUAUAGACUAAUACACACGUCACAGACUGAUUUAGAAUUUAUCAAUGGUUUCUGAGAGAAAAUUGGCAAGUGCAAUGGGUGGAAAAACAUCAAGAGCAUGUGACAAUUGUAUUAGAAAGAGGGCACGUUGGUAUUGUCCGGCCGAUGAUGCAUUUUUAUGUCAAAAUUGUGACGCUUCCGUUCAUUCGGCGAACCCUUUGGCGCGUAGGCACGAAAGGGUUCGUCUUAAAGUAUCGUCAUUAAAAGAGCCUUCAUCAUCAUCAAUAUCAUCAUCAAUAUCAUCAUCAUCAUUACACGACUGCUUUUCUAAUUUGGAAAGUCCAGUAUCAAUUUCAUCAGUGUCAGUCCCAUCGUGGCAUCGCGGAUUUACUAGGAAGGCACGGACUCCUAGGCAUGGGAGAAAGGUUAGUCAAUCCACGGGGGACGGAGAUGUCAUUCUCAAGAACCCUAUUCAUCUCGUCCCCGAGAUAUUAAGCGAUGAGAAUUCACAUGAUGAGAACGAAGAGGAGCAACUUUUAUAUCGAGUGCCCAUACUCGAGCCCUUCAUGGCCCAACUUUGUAGAAAUAAUCAUGAGAUGAUGGAGAAUAACACGACUGCAGCAAAAGCGAAUUCAGAAUUUAAACUCGAAUCAAAGGAAAUGACGUUGCAGAGUGAUGUUUGCAACAUCGAUCUGAAUAGAUUUCACGAGAUGUUACCAUCGGAGAUGGAGCUAGCGGAAUUCGCAGCCGAUGUUGAGAGUUUACUAGGUAAAGGACUUGAUGAUGAGUCAUUUGAUAUGGAAGGAUUAGGUCUAUUGGGGGUUUGUAACAAGGAGGAAAAUUCAAUGGAGUAUUCUAUGAUGAGUAAUGAAAAAGUCAAAAUUGAAGAUGAAGGAGAAAUGGAAGUCGUUACAAAAACAACUUCUGUUACUACUCACGAUUAUCAGUUUGAUCAUACUCAUCAUGAUAUUGAUAUUAAUGGAGAUAUCUUUGAGUUCAAAUUCGAUUACGAUUCACCAAUAAAUAUUAAUGAGGCUAAUGGUGUUGUAAUUGGUGAUGAAAAUAAUGAGAAAAAGAAAAAGAUUUUAUUGAAUCUUGAUUAUGAAGGUGUAUUAACAGCAUGGGCUGACCAAAGGUCUCCUUGGACUAAUGGUGAAAGGCCAGAAUUGGAUUCAAAUGACUCCUGGCCACAUUGCAUGGGAAAUUAUAUGGGAAUAAUGAAUGGAAAUGUAACACUAGUAGACACAGGAAGAGAAGCUAGAGUUUCAAGGUACAGAGAAAAAAGGCGAACAAGGUUGUUUUCUAAGAAAAUAAGAUACGAGGUUAGAAAAUUGAAUGCUGAAAAGAGGCCAAGAAUGAAAGGAAGGUUCGUUAAAAGGGCCAAUUUUGCAACAACAACAACACCUAAUUACCCUUUGGUUAAAUAAUUAAUCUUAGUUUAAUUUAAUUUAAUUUUUUUACCACCGGGUUUUACGUAGUACUUUUUUUACUAGCUGUAAAUAGUACUUGUAAACUUGGAGAGCUUUUUGUACAUAGUCCGAAAUAAAUUAGCUACGCUAUGACAAUUUUGUCAUUUUAAAUUAGGA